AAUGAGCUUAGAAUGGUUCCAGAGAUUACCAAGGUGGGAAACCAAUCGGAAGUAGCUGAAACUCAUCGAGUUCCUGGUGGUGUUAGUGCUUGGAGAGAAGAAGCGAAGAAGGUUAGGGAAAGAAAUUGUCAAAUUGCUAGAAACCUCGAUGACAGUUGUUAUCUCAACGGCUCUGUCCCAGUUAUAUCUAAUGCUCCGACUAUUGAAACCUCUCAGAAGAUUGAUUCUGGUUUCAAUCCCAGAGGUAGCGGUACUGCUGCUACACUCAAUACAGAAUCGAUUGACGUUACGCCAUCUGGACCUGUUGUGACAUUGCCAAGCAAGAGUUUAGAGGUUGGGGGAAGUAUUGAUGUGAAUCCUAAAGGAGAGGAAAAACUGAGACCUCGUAGAAGCAGCGGGAA